CCCAUCCAUCCCAUUGGUUUAAACCACAGAUGGCCAUGAAUGAAGGUCUCGCAUGCGGUCCCAUUGCAUCCAUCCAUCGCAGGACAGGUCAUGGCACAUGUAGCACAUGAUUCAGUCAGGCGGGUAGUGGGGUACGUACAGAGGGAAAAUGGGGCGGGGGGGAGGGAGAGAUAGGGAGAGAGAUAGGCAACAAGCAGUGAGCUCCUCUGACUUGUUGCAAUCAUUCGACUGUCCGCAGUGUAUCCAUCCUGUAGAUAGCAAGCACGGCUACACACAGACAGCCAAGGCGAAGCUGUACACCAGUCAGUUCGUCAUCUGAACUCGAAGCCUUGUUCCUGAGUGGCAGUUUGCGGCCGUUGAAGCCCGCCCGCCCCGGUGUCCUGCGCCUUCCUCUGCUUCAUCAUGUCCUCCAUCAUCUUGUUGCUCGCCGCCUGCUGAAUGUACUGCCUGCACACACACACACACACACACACACAAAUCCAUCCUCAAACGUAAAGUGUUGUGUAGUGUUCGGUGUAUCUGUCUGUCUUACUGUCGGGGUGACUGUGCCCAUUUCCGCUGCACGAUCAUGGACACGCCCUCGAUGAUGGUCAGCAGCACACCACCUAUCAUCGCAUUCCGCAUCGCAGAACGCCACCCACCUGAGCGAGUUGAUGGAUGCAGUACACCAACACAUACACACCGCGGACAUGAGCCCUGUCUAUCGGGCUUAAGCAAGUCGGCGUGUGUUCGUGCCUCUGAGUGCGAGUGUGCCGCCUGUGAGGAAGCCCGACGCUAUCGCGUUCCAGUGGUCCUCCUUGCCACGCAGGUACUGAAAACUGCAAUCAAACACCGAAAACGUGCCGCCCCACACCGCAAAAUUGCCUGAAGAAGAUCCAUAAGAUGACAGAAAUGGAUAAUAACCAGACAGGCAAUGGGGAUGGAUGCACCAGUCUGGCUGUCUACCACACAGGUAGGUGCUGUGUUGAGCUCACCGCCCAGGCCGGGUGCUCUUGAUUUGGCGCUGUAGAGAGCGCCCGACAGCACCUCUCCCCUGGGGGAGUUCCUGGCGCCCUUGACAAAGUGCCACAGGAAACCGCCCACACAGCCCAUCCCAAAUGCACCGCCCAAAUCCUCCACUAUGCGGUCGGGACAUGGCUGCACACACGGAAUCCAUCCCACGUACACAUCACGGAUGGACACAUGGAUGGAUGCAGCAAGGUGUGCGUACCUCUCGGCCGAGGUCUGACGAGUGUUCUCCCAUCUAGCUAUGUGUCCACG